GCCGGCCUCCCCGCUUCCUUUUCCGGUGCCAGGAGGAGUCGUGUUGUUGCCGCCUCGGUCCAUCAGGCCUUCAGCGGUUCUCCAUUGCCCGUCUCUCUGGACUCACCGCCGCCACUGUGCUGCGCCUAGGACGCGGAUCCUGCCGGGAAAAUGUCAGAUGAAUUUUCGUUGGCAGAUGCGCUACCUGAACAGUCCUCUGCCAAACCACCUGCUGUGACCAAUACAAAAGCUGGCCAUUCUCCUCAAGGCUGGCCAGGCUCCAGCCCGUGGAGUAAUCCAAGUGCUCCACCGGCAAUGCCAUCUGGACUCCCACCGAGUAGUGCAACACCUUCUACUGUGCCUUUUGGACCAGUACCAACCGGAAUGUAUCCCUCCAUGCCUCCAACCGGACCACCCCCAGGACCCCCAGGACCCUUUCCUCCUUCUGGACCAUCAUGUCCCCCACCUGGUGUUCCUUAUCCAGCCCCUGCUGUGCCAGGCCCUGGCCCCACAGGGCCAUAUGCUACACCAAAUAUGCCUAUGCCAGAGCUACCUAGGCCAUAUGGUGCACCCACAGAUCCAGCUGCAGCUGGUACUUUAGGUCCAUGGGGAUCCAUCUCUUCUGGACCUUGGGCACCAGGAAUUGCGGCGCAGCAUCCUAAUAUGCCGUAUCGAUCUCCAGGGCCAUAUCCCACUGUUCCUCCUCCAGUGUCAGGAGCACCGCCUGUCCCAUGGGGCACUGUGCCACCCGGAGCCUGGGGACCACCAGCACCAUAUCCUGGCCCUGCAGGACCAUACCCCACGCCAGGACCCCAUCCUACUCUGAAUAAUCCUUACCAAGUGCCUUCAGGACCUGCUGGUGCUCCACCAAUGCCUGGUGGCCCCCACAAAGUGAACGAAGUCCCAGGUGGCUCCCUUUCUGAUGACUCUGACCAGAACUCCCCAGAGUCCACUGGACAGAUGAAGCUUCUGAAGGUAGAUGACAAACCCAUCAGGAAAAGACGUCCCAAGAGGAAGAGUAAGCCAGUGACUUGGGGAGACAUCAAGAAUUUAACUUAUCAAGCUGAGACCUUGGGGAAACAACAAGGAUACAAUACUAAUGACCCAAAAAUGAUGCUGUUGUGUUUAAUAACUAUAUUACAUGUUAAUUCUCAGCAUGACCAUUCAGAUCCCAAUUGAGUUGUUGGGAGAGAUAAAGUAAUAAAUAGUGUAAUGUUGUUCUGCCAUGCUAAGGAUUUUUUUUUUUUAAAUCCUUUGGGACCAGUUGUCUAGACAAAGGAUGGUAUGCAAAUAUUUAAUUGUGCAUUUUGGUGGGACUUAAUCUAACUUAUCAGUCCACACGCAGUAAUAACAGGUUUUUAGCAUAACUGAGUACUCUUUUAAAAGCUCUGAUAAUGGGAAUUAAAGUUAUGUGAAGAUUAAAAGAGGAAUUUUUGAUGUAUUGCUUACUAAAGUUGCUAUUAUUGUCCCUACAGUGGCACAACCUGUUGCAGUGGUUUAGAAAAUAACCUGGCUAUAUGUGUCACAUGGCAGUCAACAAGACCAGUCUAUAUCAGAAGAAACACCCGGUCUAUUUCUAAAUUCUUUUUUUCUUAAGACUUAUUAUGUAUACAGUGUUUUGCCUGCAUGUAUGCCUGAAGGCCAGAAAAGAGCACCAUAUCUCAUGCCAGGUGGUUGUUAGCCACCAUGUGGUUGCUGGGAAUUGAACUUGGGACCUCUGGAAGAGCACCCACUGCUCUUAACCUCUGAGCCGUCUCCAGCCCCUAUUCCUGGACUGUCAACAGUGUUCUGAUAUGUGGUACUUUAAUGUGCCAGGUUUUUCUCAUACUGUGGACUGUCAAAUUAAUGAUUUGCAUAAAGAGAGAAAAUUUUGCAGGUACCUUUGAGUGGCCAUCAUAGUUAAGAUGGCUUUCCUCUUUCUUUGGUCCUCUCUGUAAGCUAUUCUUAUCAUUCUGCUGUGCUUGCCUGUAUUAGACUAGGCCAUGUGGGCAGUGCAUUCAACCUUGGUCACAGUUUUCUCCUUGAAAAGUAAAAUAGUGGGGAGCUGUGGGAGCGCUAGGGGCACCAGGGAUGUUAACCACACAGGGUUGUCUCCUCUAAGGAGGAGAUAUAUGACCUGUUUUCCUCCCAGAAGACUGGGAGUAGGUGUGGUUAAUGACCCGGUGACCUUUUCGCUGUCUGUGUGGCCAAGACCACACUAGGCCCUCCCCCAGACACUUCUGGUGAACCUGUCUAUCUGUAGAAUUUGCCUUUAUGGAAAAUGUCAUGUGUAUUUUUACAAAGUGUUUUUAUGUAGUCUUGUCUUAAGCAUCAUUGUACACAUGGGAUUGAGUUAUUUAUUGCCAGGAAAUUUUUCACCAAAUUGUGCUGUGCUUAAAUAUGCCUAAACUAAGGGUUGGACUCUGAAACCAGCUAUUGAGUCAUGUUGGAUUGAGCCGUCUUGCCUCUUGCAGAUCGCCAUUUGUCACUUCUGCACGGAGCAAACAAGCCAUAUGUACUGGAUGAGCCACUCACAGAAAAAAACAGUGUUUGUUUCUAGAGGCAUGUGAUUAACAAGAGCCGAAGUAAACUUAACCUAUCGGCUGUACCUGGGAGGGGUGCGAAAGCAUAUUCCAAGGACAGUUCUGUGUUUUUUGAAGAAAUUGAGGUCACAAGACUUGGUUUCUUGGCAUUUUCUCAUAAGCACUUGGAAGUCUCACAUGAUUCUAUUCAUGCACCAUGGUCUAGUAUCUUCCGUUUUGAUUUUUUUAAACCCAAGAUGUCCAGAGUAGUUUUGUUUUAAGAUGUUGAUAAAUCUAAUUAUCAUUCGAUGCAUGAGUAUCCUAUAAGUAAACAAAUGAUCAAUACAAUAAACUUAGGUGAGAGCAUUGUGAGUAAGGUGCCUCACUAAGAUCAAGGGUCCAAUCCAGCACCGUCAACGUCUAGUGCGUUGGGGUCCUUGCAUAGUGUCACAGUAAUCAGAACGUGGGGUGCAGAGCAACUAUGAACCACUGCAUACUUUAUUGAAUGUUCCAGCAUCUUUUAUAGACAAGCAGAAUAAAGAGUUCUCACAGCUUCUAAUUCUCAACAGCUUGUUUCUCAAGCAGUAGGUUACCUAGGUUCACGGUGACCCAAACCUCCUGCAGACUAAGAAAUCUGUCAGCAGUCCAGCUCUUCUAAGCAUUGAUUAGUUUAAUUAAAAUGAAAGACUUUCCUCAUGAGAAGGUGUCAUGAAGGCCACUUCUCAGGCUUGCAGCUAACUUGGCAGAACAUCAGGAUUCUCCACUGAGAAAGUGUGCCAUCUCGGUGUCCAGUGUACUGGGAUUCACAGGUAUCCCAAAGUCACCUUGCAGUUAGCAAGCUGGGAGCAGUCACCUCAUGCUAUUUCUCUACCAUUUUUAUUUUUUAAUUUAGCCUCUAAAAGUGUUUGCCAUAAGGUACGUGUUUGCAAAAUGUUUUUAUGAAAGCAACACUUGUAAAUAGCCAAUCCAACAAUGCUAAUCAAAACAAUGCUAAGAAGUAAAACAACAUUGUCUCCUCCAGUCACGUGAGUCACACUCUAUUUGUUUUAGGAUCCGUGUCAGACGGUUUAUCAGCUAAUAUUUGAGCAAUAUCAGACACAUCAUCAGAUGGAAAUUGUUUUUUUUUUUUUUUUACCACCAGCACUUGGUAUUGUAAUUGUUCAAUAUCCUUUCUAAUAGUAGAAUUUCCUUUCAAAUAUUGUUGAUCUUUUUCCAAUCUUGACGGCUGGCAUUAUGUUGAAAAUUAGUAACCCAAAAUGUAGUAGAAUUCCAUUUACAAUUUAACUGGAGCUGUUGUUGCACACUCAAUUUUUUUUUUUACUUAACCAAAAUACAGUAGAUGCUUCAAUGCAUCUACUUCUGUCUUCAACCUUAAGUCGAUGUCUACCUGACGAACCCACAAUUCAUGAGAGUACUUGUGUCAUUGUUCUACAAAAUGUUGAGUUUGGAAAGAAGUAUGCAAAGCCACACCAGCUCCUGAGGCUGUGGACUCAGCAAGAAGACCUAAAAUUACAGCAACAGCUCCUAACAUACACGUUAGUUGUUCUUUAGGAAUCUUUUCAGGAGCUAUUAUUGAUUCAAAUGGUUUAAAUACUUCUGGUUAAAUUUGCAAAACAUUUUCUAGUUCCACCAUGCUAAGUCCUGCAAAAAGAAUAUCAUCCAUAUAAUGAGAACUGUAUAAAUAAGGAUAAUACUGUCUAAUAGGACAGAAAGCAUUCUCGACAUAAAUCUGACAUAUAGUAAGAGAAUUCAUCAUUUCUUGGAGGAGUACUUUCCAUUAAUAUCUUUAGUGUGGCCCCCUAUUUAUAUGAGGUAUUGAAAAAGCCUUUUCUCUCGUUGCAGUGAACAGGAAUGGUUUAAAAAAAAAAUUCUUGCCAAUCAAUUACAAUUACAGGCCAAGAAGAAGCUAACAUAGAUACCUGAGAAAUCCCGGGUUGCAAGGUUCCCAUGGGAUAUAUAGUAGAAUUGACUCCCCUUAAGUCUGUUAACAACCUCUAUUUUCCAGACUUCUUAAUCACAAGAAUAGGGGAAUUCCAUGGAGAUGGUUCUAUUUGUUCUUUCUGAAGUUGCCCCUCAACCAAAGACGGUGCAGCGUCCAGUUUCUGCUUUGUUAAAGGCCAUUGUUCUUUAGGGAUUCGUUUUUCCAUAUAAUUUUUAUAGACACCAUCCAUGGAGUAUUAAAUGUUAAAAGAGCACCCCAUUGCUCCAAGACAUCAGUUGCAAAAAUACUAACAGGUACUUAAUAAGAAAGAUUUUAAAACAGUUUGCCCAUCUUCAGUAAUUAUAGACAUGACCUAACACUUUGUUUAAUAGCUGCCACAGGUUGAGAACCAAUACCUUUUAUUUCACAAGGUAAUUGUUGUACAGGCCAACUUAAAGGCCAGUCUUUUUCUGUUAAUUAUAGUAAUAUCAGACCCUGUAUCUAUCAGACCAGUAAAAGAUUUAUUAUUAAUAGAAUUUUUUAUCUGUGGCUAUUGUUACCCUUUAUUCAUAGUCCAAAAGACAUUUGCCUGAUUAGUACUUCCAAACCCCCUGAUGAGUUGCAUCAGAAUAUCCAGUGGGUAUAUAAGGUAAUAACAGUAAUUGAGCUAUCCAAUCUCCUUUCUUAAUUUAAUAAUCAACUAAUAUAGAUAUCAUAAUUAGGAGUCUUAUUAGAAUUGGUGUGUUGUAGUUCUCCAGGUUUUCUGGAAGAGGUGAUUGUUAGUUGAAGGUAAUAUAAUACAACAGGUAUCAAACACAAAUAAUUGUUGACAUCAGGGCCUCCCCUGAUUUACUGAUUGAGAGAGAAGGGUAAGCUACGCAGUUAGCAUUUUAUGGCCUUUGUGGUAUAAAUGAAUCCAUUCCAAAGAUUUAUCUUCUUAUGCUUUAUAAUACCUGGAGCAAACAAUUCAGUGGGGAAAAUAAGUUUAAAGGCAGUGAAGGUUCCACACUAUACACAAAUGUUCCUUUUAGUCUGGAAUCAGAUUUCUGUAGUUCUUCCUUUGCCUCUUAAUAUGUGAGCACUGUCUAAUGCCAUCUCUCCUUGUAUAAUUUUAAAUAAAUUGUUUAGUGCAUAAAAGUAGGUAUUUCUAAAGUCUCCUAAUGGUCUUUGAAAAAUGUUUUUAAAUUGUCUUGUCUAAUAAGUGUUUCUUGUGGUCUAACAGUUCUGUUAACUAGUUGUCCCAAAUAUUGUACAGAAUCUGAUCUGUGCACCUCAGGUGCAAUAAGAAGUACAUUUGUAUGUAGCAUGUCGUGAGUCAUGUCAUAUGGACUGUAGCUCUUCCUCUUUGGAAGUGGCUAAGAGCAUUCAUUCAUAGAAGCCUAAGAGAAAGCCUGCCUCACGGCAACUCCACGCGGUGUUGACAGAUAGCAGGGGAUUUUGUCACGUCUUGAAAUUAAUACAAUCCAUUGAAAAAAAACGAGAAUUCCAGGGAGAAAAAGAAUUCUGUGUUCCCAUUUUCUAACUGUUCUCUGACUAACUGGUGAAAAUUCUGUAGUUUAGCUUUGAAGAACAUAGGUUUCUAAAGCAGCUAAUUUUGCUCCAUGUUUGUAGCUUCCCACAUUUCUACAAAUUUCCAGGAAGUCGAUAGCGUUUCCUAUCUGAGGUGUGAUUACUCCUUGGUGAUCAUCAUUGUCAUUAUCAAGAGCUCAGAACUUAAAUGUGCUCCCCUCUGACUCAUUUCCCAGGAGCAUCUUUCAUUCUUCCUGUGAAAUCAGCAUGGGGCUCAGCGGGAUCUGUAUGAGUGUUACAAGGGUUCUCCAAGCAAGCCACUGUCGAUAAGUCCCUAAUAUAGAAGGGCUGGCUGCUGGAGGUGUAUCGAGCCACUGAUGCUGUCGGUCCUCAUCUGCUAGUCCUCUUAGCAUUUCAGUUGAGGCAUUUCCAGGACCACCCCUCAAGUCCUGUCCCAGACCUGCACGGGCUUCAUCUAUGAGCCAUAUUUGCCACUCAAAGAAAUUGGGCAGGGCUUAGAACCAUUUUGCUAAUUAAAUGAAAAUUGCAUGGCAACCCAAAGGAUACUGAUAACAAUCCGGAGCGAUAGGUCCGUAGGAAGUGCAAGCCUUUUCAAACCCUUAGUUGUGUCCUUCCCUAAAGUUUCCUUAUUCUGGAAACCAGGCAUACUUGCAAGCAAUCUAACAGUUAGAAUUUUGGUACGCUCCUCCUUUCUUUAAAAAACGAGGUACAAGCUCUGCAUCAGAGAAAGCCUCCCCUGGACCCCAUAGCCUCACUCACCUGUGGGCAUUCCUGUUCUGAGCACCACUUGUCACUGCUCUAGAGCCAGGGACUCCUGGGAGAAUAGAACUGACAAAUGAGGUGGCAUAAUGUCUCACACAAUCGCCAACUUUGAUCAGAGCAUCAGACAAUGUAUAUUCUGGGUUUGAGAGGAUUUAUGUAAGUGUACAGUCACAAGGGCAAGCCUCACGUAGUGCAGCAAGCAGAAGACAGCAGAAAUGGUUUCCAUAGAGGCCAUAAAGAAAGAAUAGCCAGCUGUAAUGAGUAAUCUGAAGUAAGCCCCUGUCUGCUACAUCUGGGAGGGGCACAAAGCAGAAUCCAAGAGCAAUUCCUGUGUGCUUUGAAGAACAGGUCACAAGACUCCUGUCCAGUUUCUUGGAGUUUUCUUACAAGCACUUAGAAAUCUCACAUGAUUCCAUUUUGGGCCGUGUUCUGACAGUUACUCUGUUGGUUCUGGUGUUCACAGACAUCCCCACAAUUAUAGAAGUUGAUUUCUUUUCCUUUUUUUUUUCUG